AUGCUGGACGCGACGAAGCUCGACGCUCCGCCUCGAUACUACGCCCAGCUCCCGCGGCAGAACACGACGCUCCACAUCCCCGUGGGCGUGCCCGGGGUGCCGCGCGGCGCCUGCCCGGCCAUGGACGCCCUCCUGCGGAGAAACGGCGACGAAAACGCCGCCCUCUGCCUCUCCUGGUCCCCACAGGGGGCCACAGCGACCGGCUCUUGCAUGAUCGCGGCGUGCACGGAAGACCUCCGGUGCCUGGCCUUCUGCCUCCCGCCCGGCGAGAUGCGGAACGACUACGCCCUCGCGUGCGACCUGACGGUUCCGAUAUACACGUGGCUCACCGACGAGGACUGGCGCCCGGCCUACGCCGCCGCCCCGACGCCCCCAGGCACCUCCCCGCCAAACCGCCUGCGCGGCGGAGGGCGCGCCGGGGGCAGCGGCGCCGCCGAAAGCUCGCUGUCGCCCGGGCAGGCGGUCGAGGUGUGCAACGACGAGCCCGACUUGGAGCACGCGUGGUUCGAGGCCCGCCUUCUGCGCCUGACGCCGUCAGGGUCGUUCGGGCUGGUCGAGUACGAGGCGCUGCAGGAGUCCGAAGCCGAUGACGCCCCAAACCUGAAAGAGUGGUUCCCUAUGUGGCCUGGCGCGAGACUCGGAGCGGACGAACUCCGCCGCUCGAGCAAGGAGGACGAGGACGGCGAGGAGGUGACGUUCCUGGAGCGUCACAAGGUGCAGGACCGGUCAACGGGCUUCAAGAUGCGCCCGGCGAUGCCUGCGACGAUUGCGCGGCGCGGGGACGUGGCGGGCCUGCGGGCGGGGGACCCCGCGGACGUGCUGAGCCAGGACGGCUGGUGGAAUGCGAUGCUGCUCGAGGGCCCCGAGGGGCGCGAGAGCGUGGCCGUGCGCAUCGCGGGCGCCACGGGCACCAACGUGUUUGCGCGCGUGGCGGUGCGCGACGUGCGGCGGGCGUACCAGUGGAAUCAGCGCAGGGCCGGGAAGAAGCAGUACGAGCUGGCGGGCGACUGGGAUGAGCUCCCACCGUUCGAGAGGUGGUGGGCGAAGUACUACUUGGGCUGGUGGAAGCAAACGGGGAGGGACGAGGAGGAGAGGCUGCGGGCGGAGGGGGAGGACGCGAUGCCGGAGCCGCCGGAGGAGCCAAAGAGGCCGCGCAGCCCGGCGAAGAAGGCCCGUAGCCCGGCCAAGGCACCGACGCCGCGCAAGGUCCCGCGCCGGUCUGCGUCGGACGCGGCCGCGCCCGCGAAGCCCAGGAGGUCCGCGCUGGUCGCGCAGCCCAGGGCACCGGCGCCCGCGGGCUCGGAGGAGGAGCCUGCUACGACGGAGCGGGACACCCCGAGUGACGACGGACGCAGCCCGGACGCCUUUGCGAGCACCGGGCCGUCGCGAUCGACGUCGUCGCAGGCAACGUCGGAGUCGGAGUCGGAGCUCGGAGCGGAGGCGUCCCGCAAGCGCCACGCCGACGCCGGCGCCGGCGACGAGCCAGCCGCCAAGGCGCGGAAGACCAAGCACGGCAAGUCCGCCAGGCGGGGACUGGGGGAUGACGCGCCUCCGAGGAACUGGACCGACCCGUUCGGCGCCGGGCCGCCCAAGCCGGACGACGCUUUUGACCCCGGGGGUGUCCCGGACCUCCGCGAGGACGUCGACGCGGGCGAGGCGGCCCGGCUGUGCGUCCUCGCGCGUCUCGGCGCGCUGAUCGUCGAAGCCGGGGACAGGGGGGAGCUCAUCUGGACCGACGCGGCCCCCGCAGAGAUGACACCCAACCCUGUGCUGUCAGGCCGCAUCACCGCGCCGAGCCACCCGCUGCUGCGGCGGGCCUUCCAGGAGCUGGCCUGGAAGCACGGGGCGGCCCUGGACGCGAAGCUGAGGGCGGGGGGCACGUCCGGCGGCGGCGCGAGCAUCCGGGAACUGUGGAACAAGGUGUGCAAGGACCUGGAGAGCGAGGCGACGAAUAAGUUCGGACUCGGCGAGCAGCACCCGCUCGUGGUGGCGCACUACUGCAAGUACCCGUACAAGUCGGGCGGCCGGCUGGCGUACCAGUACAGCGUGCCGCCGGGCUUCUCUCGCGAGGACCUGCCGGCGGUGGAGAACAUCGACGAAGCGGAGGGCGCGGCGCUGACGGCGCUGCUGACGGACGUUGCGAUCCGGCGGGUGGCGGCGCUGCGUCAGGCCGUGGAGCCGCAGGACCUCACGCCGUACAUCGCGGGGCGCGGGUCCGGUCGUUUCAUGAAGAUUUACGGCAUGGAUCUGAUGAUGCAAGUGCGCGUACAGGCGGAGCUGGAGGCGGCGUUCGACGCGGCCGUGUGGGAGCGCGCCAACACGACGGCGCUAGAGGCCGGCGCGUCGGAGGAGAGCGCCGGGGACGAGGAGGACGCGCAGGCCGCGGUGGCUGAGUUCGAGACGCGGAGCUUCGCGUUCACGGCACGCGCGGUGGCGUGGUCUCCAACGCUGAUGCUUCCCAGCGCCGACGCUGGGGAGGGGGGGAGUGUCCUCGGGACGCUGGUCGCGGUCGGGAUGCAGUCGGGGCACGUCGUGCUGGUGCGGCAGAGGGCGGACGCCGCGCCGGACCGGAUGGGGAGCUCCGAGCCCGCCCAAUUGGUCAAAUUGGAGGCGGGGUGUUUUGACGUCGAGGGGGGUGUUCGAGCGCACGGCGCGGCCAUCACGUGCCUCUGUUGGGCCGAGGGCAUCAUGUCCGGCGCCCCCACGCUGCUCAGCGGCGCGGCGGACGGAUCUGUGCGGGUGUGGGCGGUGGCGGAGGGCGGCGGCACUGGGUGGCACGCCGCCCGUGACGGCGGAGGCACGGCGGGGCUGCGGCUCGCCGCGGAGAUCCAGCCACCGAUCGGCCGCGCGAUCACGUGCAUGUGCGCGCGCUGGACGGACCUGACGCUCCUGGACAGGGGCAGCGACGACGCCGACAGCCCCGAGGACAGCGAUGAGGACAAAUACGCGUUGGUGGUCGCGGUCGGGCUCGCGACGGGCGGGAUGACGGCGUGGAUCCGGCCGUGGUGGUCGCCCGCGUCGCUCGUGCACGGCGUCAACGACCCCGCCCAGUGGCAGCGGGAGCGACACGAAGACGACUGCCACGCCCUCCCCCUGACGUUCGUCGGGUACGCCGCGGGGUGCGACUCGUACGUGACGGCGUCGCAGGACGGAUCGAUCAAGCUGUGGGAGUUUGAGUCGGAGACGCUGCGCUUCGUCAGCCGCCCGCCCAAGCCGCUGUACGGGGCAGCGGCAGCGUCGUUGCCCGUCGCGCCCGUGCUGUCCGCGGCGCUGUCGCCGUGCGGGCUCGUCGUCGCCGGUCUCUGCGACCUCGAAGACGGCCGGCCGCCCGCGUCAGGGUCCAUCGGCCCGCCGCACGACGGCCAAGUGCGCCUGUUCCGCACGUACGGCGCCGGCACCAACGCCCCGCAGCUGGCCGCAGCCGCGAUGAUCGGCGAUGCGAUCGACGCGACGCUGCGGAACCGCGAGGAGCGCGACGCGGUCGCCGGAAAGGGCAUCGUUCGCUGCCGCAAGGGUUCUUUCCCAGCACAGCUGCUAUACGAGGCUGCGCUGCUGAUCUACCUCGACGUGAUCGAAUGGGGCGGCGGUAGCUCCGCAACCGAGGCGUCGUGCGCGUCGCAGAUCGUCCGCAGCCUGGCGAGCGCCGCGGAGCUGCUCGGCGGCACGGCAGCGGAGGGCAUCUUGGGCGCGCGGAGCAGGGCGAAGCUCACGUCCAGUGUGUCCGACCUGGCGCUCCAGAUGCGCAGCAGCCGCGCGUGGGGCGCGGCCAAGGUGGCUCUGUCGCUCGAGCGCGCCGUCGCGGCGAUUGCGGCGCGCAUCGCGCCUCCGCCCGGCGCCCCCGUGUCCGACGAAGCGCUCAGCAACCGCGCGAUCGAGGCCGCGAAAGGCGGCACGGUGCUGCCGAGGGAGGUCGUGGACAAGAUCGAGGUGCUGCUCACGCAGCGUGCCGCGCUCGCCGCCGUCGAGGGCGCCGGGAGCGCCCUCGACCUCGUGUCGAGCGCUUGGGCGUGGGUGUGGGCCUGCAAAGAGGCGUCCUGCACGUGGCUGUCGCCGCGGCUGGUCGGCGCCGUGCAGGACUGCGUGGAGGACUCGAGCCUGCUCGACGGCUUGCAGGAGGAGAUCAGCCUCGAAAGCGCCGAGCCCGCCGCCGCCGCGGCAGCGGCCCGCGCGCGCGCGACCGAGCAGGGGGGCGGCAAGCGGGCCGUGCCGCGGUGCGGCGCGACGUUCGGGGAGAUGUCGCCUGUCGAGGUGCCGGAGUGGACGUGCACGCUCUGCGGGCGCAUGUAUGCCCGCAUGUGCUUCGCCGGCGAGGAGCACUGGAGCCGCGAGUGCAUGUACUGCGCCGUGGCCCUCGUGCACCGCCUGCGCGGACACACGCGGCCCGGACCGUGUCUUCCCGUGCCGCCGGCGUGA